UUAAACACUUUUUUAUAAUUCAGUGAUGACAGUUCAUGGUGUGAUUCAAUAUUAUUCAAAAGCAGCCUUUCUUUAUUAAGAUGGGCAUAUAUAGGCCUACAUAUAUGACUGUUUUUGUUGUCAAAACAACAUCGCCUUAAAGUGUCUUUCAAGGGCCACCGUACUGUGUAUGAAAUAGUUGCUAUGCAACCAGAGCUACAUCUUCGCUCUCUCUGAAUGUCUCAAUGGCUGAAAGAAGUUUUGUUAAAAAGGCCCAGACAGUCGUUUCACAGACCAAGAAACGCCCGUCCUCCAGCUCUAAGGCUGAGAGGUCCAAGAGGGCUGAAGUAAGGCCGCAGGUGAAAUCUGCCUCUGGUCCCACAAAGAAGGACACAGAUGACCUUUUUGCCAAGGAAGAACAAUACAAAAUCUUAAAUGCAGAGCUAGAGGCCAAAACAGCAGAUAUAGUGAGACAGGCAGAACAGCUUAUGAGAGAACAGAGUGAAGUCCUGUCAACGCCCUUAUCAACUCUCCUGCUAACAGAUAUUGAAGAUGAAGACAAUUCAAGGGUAAUAAAGCCUCAGCAGUGUGCGGUGCAGGAGCCUGGUUUGAAGGCAGGGACCAAAAAAAGGGUCACAUUAGGGUCACAAGGCAUGUGUACUGGAAAACAAGGAAAAGAGUCUCACUUUAAAGCAGCACCCUCAAAGGUGUCACAUGCAGAUGAGUUGGCAGCUGUGGAAGAUUCAGCAGAUUUUUUUCUGACCAAGACGAUACGUAGCAUGGAGGAGAAGAUGAACGACUCUGUCGCUCUUGAAAAUGCUGUGGAAGAUAAUGAUGUGACCAACGCUGGAGACAAUGUAGGAUCAGAAGGUGUUUCCGAUGCUCAAAUACGAGUUCUCAAGGCUAAACUACGGAUUAUGCAGGAAGAACUGGAUCAACUCUCAUGUGAAUAUUAUAAGAAGGAUGAUGAAAAUGCUAAGCUUUGUGCAAAAAUAAAGGAGCUCGAGGAGGAUCGAGCCAGACUACAGAGGACCACAAGCGUUCAGCAAACACAGAUUGAGAAGCACAGAGCUUUAGCAGAGGAGUCUGCUAAAAAAUGUGAUGGUCUUCAACUGCAAGUGUCUGGUUUACACAAGGAAAUAGAAAAUCUGAACAGAUCCAACAAACAGGCAGCUGCCGUCCACAGCACCGUGGAGGUUCGUCUGAACAGAGCUCUGGAGGAGGUGGAGAGGUUAAAGACUCAACUGAACAAGAUGAAACAGAUGAAUAAGGACAAGAUAAGUGAGGAACAUCAGAGUAAAGAAAAUCUACUUGCUGAGAACAAAAUGCUAAGAAAACAGAAAGCAGAACUCAUCAUGGGUUUCAAGAAACAACUCAAGCUGAUUGACAUCCUCAAAAGACAAAAGAUGCAUUUUGAAGCUGCUAAGCUGCUGUCAUUCACAGAGGACGAGUUCAUGAAAGCUCUAGACUGGGGGAAAUCAUAAACACAGAGAUUCAAUAUUUAAGUGUUCUGGUGAAGAAUAAAGUAGAUUAAAGGUGUCUAGAUGCAUUUUCCUCUCUUAUCUCUGUGUGUUGUGAAGACAUUAGUUUGUAGUCUGUCAUGAUCUGAUUAGUACAUUAAGUAAAUAAAGAGUUUAGAGCUUGAAUUCA